CCUGCCUGACGUUUCCAACAUUUUGCUUUAACGACGCAACAUGUCUCACAAGCCUCGGAGUAUGCCCGUCGGGCAGCGCAAUAUUCUGCGUCCUAAUGACUCGGCUUCUCUGUGGAACUGUACUCUAUCUCCAGGCUGGACGCGGGAGGAGUCUGAUAUUCUUCGAAAAGCGCUGAUGAGAUUUGGGGUCGGGAACUGGAAGGACAUUAUGGAGUCUGGGUGCCUUCCAGGAAAGACGAACGCACAGCUGAACUUGCAAACCCAGAGACUUUUGGGCCAGCAAAGCACGGCUGAAUUUCAGAUGCUCCAUAUCGACCCUCUUGUCAUUGGGGAAAAAAAUGCACAAAUACAAGGAGAGCAUGUGAAGCGAAAAAAUGGGUUCAUUGUCAAUUCAGGAGGGAAAUUGUCGCGGGAGGAGAAGUUGCGUAGAAUAAAGGAAAACAAGGAAAAGUAUGAACUUCCGGAGGAUGUAUGGAGCAAGAUAGACCUUCCCCGACGCGAUGAUCCGGUAAUACUGCUUGAACAGAAAGAGCGACAGUUGGCAGAAAUGCAGCAAGAGCUCAUCAAGGUGCGGGAAUGGAUUCAGGAUAGACGAACAGAAGUAACAAAAGAUGCCAAAGCAUUGUCGCUGGAGCUGGACUCCUUUGUCGAGAAUGACGAGAAUCUUGAUAUAAUGGAAGAAACAUCGAGAGGCAAGCGGAUAAAACGAUCACCAUAACUAGGAUCCUGUACAUAGAAUAGCAUACGUAGCAAAAUGACGGUUUCCCAGAACUCUCCAACAAGCGUUGCGAGAACAGUGUGAAGAGGAUUUUUAUUACCAUCCA